AAGGCAGGCGAUAGGUGAGACCCACACAGUACACAUCUGCACACACAGCAUCCAGCACUGAGCGCUGCAUUCCCCACGCAUACCAACCAUGCUAAACACAGCGCAUAUAGUGAAUAUACUACCCCUAGCGUCCGGUGCCGCUCGCCAGUCUACAGACGCUGCAGUGACGCCGGUGCCUUCCUAUGCAGGGUAUAUAUAUAUAAAUAGUGGCGACUCCGGCAUGUCAGGUGACACGGAGGAGGUCACUCGCCUGCGUAAGCCUCGUUUCUCCUACGAAGAGAACCAAAUCCUAAUCAGAGAGGUCCGGGCCAACUAUCCUCUGCUCUAUGGGGCACAGAGCCGCCGGCUGAGCGUGGCAGAGCGCCGCCAAGUGUGGGAGGGCAUCGCUGCUCAGAUCAACGCCCUCACCAACUGGAAGCGCACCGCGCAGGAGGUUCAGAAACGCUGGAACGACUUCAAAAGGCGAACCAAAGAGAAGCUAGCCCGGGUUCCGCACUCCACCCAGAGCGGGACGCCAGAGGAGGCGCUGACUGCUGAAGAGGAGACUAUUUUUGCCAUCUUGGGACCAGAAGUGAUGUCCGAGAAGGGCCACUACAGCUCAGACGCGCGGCUGAGGGGGAUGGAUUAUCAUCAGCCAGGCACAGGCUCUUCCAGUCCAGAGACAUCCCUCAGUGGACCGUGUGGUAGUCAAGAUGCUCCGCUUAUGCUCCGACCCAAGGGUUCGCCUUCGCCGACGACCCAGCUCCACAUUGUCCAGUUGCCUCACCUCACUCCUUCACCAGAUCCGUCUGAGGGGCCUUCACCACCACCUCCACCCGGCGCAGGAUCGCCCUUGCUGUCCCCUAACGGGGUCUCCUCACAUUUCGACCCAUCCGUUGCUAUGCUGAGGGCACAGCAGGAGACCGCUGAUGCAAUAAGGCAUCUUACCUAUACGUUACGGCAGAGCAUGGACCGCCUGACCAAUGUCCUUGCAGCCAUUUUGCCUCUUGUGCCAACGCAGCCACCAGCUUCACCGGCGGCCUCUGGCAUUAUGCCUCCGGUCUACUAUCCAACAAAGACAGAGCCUGACACUGAGCCGUGUUGCCCUAUCGAUUACGAAGACGAUGUCCACCGAGACGUAGCCGAGGAUGAGAUUCAGAAGGUGAUAGCAGAGCCCCCAGAGUCCCCUCCGCCUCCAAACAAGAGAAAAAGAUUCGGGUACCUAACUCCACGUAAGCGGAGGGGUCGAUGGAAAAGCCCAUAGAAUCUGUUCUUAUGUCUCACCUCCUUGUGCCGCGCUGAUGAGGGUGAGAAUGGCCAUUGUGAACUAAUUCCCUGCAGUACGUCGGGGAUUCUAUAAACCUUCAGGACUUUUUUUUCUUCUCUCUGUCCCAUUUGGGUGCCCAUGGGAAGCUAAUGAGCGACAAACCAACGGGCAUCUAGCAAUCAAAAGCUUGAACAGUAAGCAGCCGUGGGACUGCAGCCCACCCUUCCAAGGCAACCAUUGUUAAGGGCAUUACCUGCCGGAGGCUGUCUCGCUUUCCCGUUCUCUGCCCCUUUCUUUUGAUCCAGGGGUCGCAAGCGCAACUGUUUUUUUAAGUCCAAAGUCUCCUUUAUGUAGAUAGCAUGACGUACGAUUAUGGCUUAGAUGUAGUUAGAGGUAAAAAAAAAAAGUUAGAAUACGGACACCUUCUGUAUUCUAAUCAGGGCCGGAUUUCCCAUAAGGCAGGUAUCUGGGGCAUUUUCGAUACGCUCCAGGAGGCAAGUCUGUAGGCAUUUACCAUCCCUGACCAUUCCGAGUGGUCAUAAAACAUUUCCCAGAGUAAUGGUUAUUUGCCUCCAUCCUAUUUUUUUUUUUUUUGCCCUCUUUAACCUCAAAUUGCUUGGAGAACAAAUUUACCAGUUACUAUACUAAGCCACAUUGUAGUGGGAAGAGGUAAUCAAGACGUUAUACACAGAGAGCGAAAUACAUGCGUAAAAUAUCAGAUGAGUGAUAUUGCAAACUGUAUGGGGGGGGCACACAUGGGUCUUCUUUGCAUAUUAUGUGCAUUGGAUUCUGACCGUCCAAUCACAUGUUUUCCUGUUCCAAAUAGACGAAUGUUUGUGGGACCCAAACACGCUGCCCCCUCUCUGCCUUCUCUCUGGUAUCUUCUAUUUGCCAUAUAUACCGAUUCCCACUGAAAGCAAUAUAUUUGUAUAUAGAACCGUAUACAAGCUGUAGAUAGCACGAACCCCCUUGUUACGUUAAUUAGGCACAUUGUAAUUAAUGUGGGAGUGUUAAUUAUGUAUGUAAAUAACUACAUAUUAAAAGAAGCUGAUUCAUAA